GCCCGGCGACGUGACGCGUCGCCCUCGCACGCACGCGCCGAUGCAAAGGAAUCGCGUCGAGAGGACCGCGUCGAAGCGAUGGCGGGGGUCGGUGCGGCGGAUUAUGUCGGCGGCUAUUUACAAUCUCUCCUGCUUUACGCACGGCUGCAGCACGGGCUGGGUUUCGGGCGUGCUAGGACGCGAGGCGCUGGCGGGCGGCGCGUGGCUGGCCGCGCUGCCGUGCCUCGUCGCGCUGCCCACCGCGCCUUUCUUCGCCUUCCUGGCCGACGCCCGCGGCAGGCGGGCUGGGGCAGGAGGCGUCGCCGCUACUUUUAUUUUGAGCUGGUCGCUGGCAGCGUGGUGCGGCCCGCGCGGCGUCUGGGCGGCCAGGGUGGCGGCCGGCGCAGGGGGAGCAGGAGCUUUAGCUCUAGCCCCAUUAUACUGUGCUGAAAUAUCGCCGAGGACUAAAGGGUUGGCAGCUAUGCCCGCGCUGGCUAUCAGCUGCGGCAUCCUCUUCGCUUUCGUGGCAGGCGGGGUACUGUCAGCACACGCGCUGUCUCUGUCUAUGGCUGCACCUCCAACCGUACUUCUGCUGUUACUUGUGUGGCUACCAGAGACGCCUUCUUUUCUCAUAAGCGUCGGACGAAUGCAGGAUGCAGCCAGAGUAAUCUGCUGGCUAGACGGCUCAGACUUCCGCGAAGACCUGACGGAUGCCAUCGAGCAGCAGGAAGUCAUGAUCAGAACGGAGCCAAGCCGUCGAGAGUCCGAAGCGCUACAGCCCAUGCUCAGGCGCAGCCGGAGCGAGGGCACUAGCGAGGGCAAGGAGCAGUCCGUGUGUUGGGAUCUAUUCCGCCACCGCCGCUCCCGACGCGCCUUGAUUUCCUGUUGCCUCCUUCUGGCCGCCGCUGCUGGUAGCGGCGCGGGCGCUGUCAACAGCUUUGCAGCAGCCGUACUCACUCACUCUGGGCACACGCUGCCAGCGCUGAACCUUACUGCUUACAACUUCACAGUGUAUAAUGGAACUAUGUCUCGUGGAUGGAUACAGACGUCAGAGACGGGGUCCGUCCUCUGUGGCACGGCGCUCGUCCUUGGAGCUGCAGUCGCCACUGUGACCGUUGACAAGGUCGGAAGGAAGGUGCUACUUCUAAUAUCGUGCGUCGGUGUAGCAUUCUGUCUCGCCAUCCUCGGCCUCUACUGCGACCCUCGCGCUCACAUGUACUCCUGGUACCCACACCGACUGUGGCCUUAUCGAAAACCUAUAGUCAAAGAAAAAACACACAACAACUAUACAAUCGAAAAUAUGGCUAAAGAUACCUUAAGAAAUAUUUCAGAUUCAAGGCCAUUUCCUUAUUUUGGAAAUGAAAGUAUAGCAGAAUUAAGUCUACAGACAGCAGAAAAAGAGGUUAAUAAUAGCGUAGAAGAAACAUCAUCAGUAAAAAUAAAUCCAAAUGUAAUGGAGAAUAAUGUUGUAGAUUCUAUAUGGCCACCAGUGAUACUGCUGUCAAUGGUUUUGUUCCUGUACAACAUUGGUUUGGGAUCCGUGCCUUAUGUAUUGAUCUCGGAAUUAUUUUCAAUCAAUGUACGCAGCGCCGCAUCAAGCUUGCUCAUAUCCUGGAUGUGGCUCAGCAGUUUCUUCACUCUUCGCUACUUCGGUUCUCUCGCUCUUACCCUCGGUCUCCACGGCACCUACUACAUCGGUGCUUCUAUCACACUCCUGGUAUCUGGGUUCAUCUACUUCAUGUUGCCUGAAACAAAAGGGAUGAAUCAAAAGCAAAUUGAUGAUCUGUUGAAUGGCCCGCUCCUGGUCCAUAAUAAAAGGAAACGCAAGACGAAUGAUACUUGAUCUUCGGAUUUGACCGAGAGUAGAGUUUCGGUGUUUUAAAAAUC